CCCCAAUCGUCUUCUGAGUACCCGACACUAUCGCUACCGCCGUCGGCGCCGCCGCAGGGAAAGCCGCAUGACGGGGUAUGCCAAGAUACCAGGUCAACGUCACCCAAGACCCUCCGCUCUCGAAAUCUCUACCGUGACGAGGACGCGCGGCUUGGAUGUGCGGAUGGUUGGUACUGUUCGUCAGAGGCAGCUUCUAUGGUACGCUCUGUGGUAUUUUGCUCAUACUGUGGUUUGUGUACACAUCAGGUUGAAUUGUGUUUUGUUCGAAACACUGAUAAUACUAUUACGGCUGCUCCACAGCAACUAGUGCCUCUUGGCCGGUACCUGGGAGAUUCGUUGGGACCUGAUUAGACGGAGGGAUAUAGGAUUGGAACGAGUCAGCAAUGUGCUCGCUCUUCCGCACGUCGCCCGUCAUGACAGACGAUACACUUCCAGUGCCGCAACAUCAGUGGCGACCUCUCCCGAAACAGGCAAUAAGGGCGGUUUUGGGACCUAGUACAGCGAAGACAGUUGCCGCGCAGGGCUGGGUAUGGUUCACAUACUCUCUGGCUCUGUUCCUCGUGCCGUUGGCCAUUGUUAUCCCUGCCGCCAGUGUGUGUGUUACGUAUGUAGGGCCAGCCGAAGAGCUGUUAUGGCUCGCGUUGGUCCUGCCAAUGGUAUAUUUAUAUGUGGUCUCGGCGAUUAUCAUAUAUGCCGGUCUUUGCUUCCCAGCUACAUUGCACUUCGAACGUGUAUUACCUGCUGCCACACGCUUAAUCCGCCGCCGUUCUCACGUCUCCAACAUACGACCCGAUCGCUUCAAGAAGCUCGUGCAGUCCAAGCCAUACACGAUCUUCGUUCAUGGCACAGGUACUUCUGCCGAGCAAAAGACAAGGUCGACUGCGCUUCUUGUAUACGGGCAUUCCACGGUCACUGAUAUCUGGCAUGCGCUCCAAACGCGCCGUCUCAUCCCAGCGUCCGCAGACAGCACGUGUUUCUUAACAUCCACGAAACAACUCCUGUCCGAUCGAUCAGCCGCCAGCGAAACCCUCCGAAGUAUAGGUCUAGGGCCCCUUUCGCACCUUACACUCCGUGUGCGUGUUUGUGGGGGAAGCGAACUCGGAGAUGACGCAGUGCCUACGGAGACAGUACCAGGACCAUCGAAGCGCGUGUCGAAGCCUUCGCGGAAGGUUGUUGACCCCGACAACAUCGAGCGCGGAGCUCUGCCGAGUGGAUCAUCUCCGGCUACAAAUAAGGAUGGCGGGAAAGGACUGUCACGUUCGAAAAAUAAUCUGAUUGUGAUAGAUGAUGAUUCAGAGUCAGAGUUGCAACUGUCCAGCUCGAAGGGCAAAAAACGGCAAGUAAUUGAGAGCUCAGAUGAAGGCGACGGAGAUGACAGGUCAGAGAAGCCGCGGAAGAAAGUGCGACAGGUUCGCAGACGGGACAGAUCAGCCAACAACGAGUCAGACGAUGACGAAGACGUCAACACAGAAGCGCAGAAUGCAGACGGGACACUUCGCGACUUGGACCAUAUCAGGGCCCCUCCGCGUGUUGAUGAAGAUAAGCUGGGUAAGACCGCUGAUGUGAAUGAAUUCUUCGACCAGCCAUAUGAUCGCAUCAGCGAGAAGAAUACGCGCACUCAGCGCGUGCGCGAUUGCAAGGGUUGUCGGUGAGCCAGGACGUCUCAGACAGUAACUGAACUAGGACCUUAAGGACUGACGCAUACCUGUUACAGGCGUCGCAAAGUCAACAAGUAU